GAAGAAGAAGAAGAAGAAGAAGAGGAAAAAGCAAGCCAACCAGGGGAAGCCCAAUUGUUUUCUUCAUGGAUGAUACUUGAUUUAUUAGUAUCACGGGCACUCCUGAGUCCUCAUACCUCGUCUUGUUUAAUUCAACUUCUCGUCUCGUCUCGUCUCGUCUAUUUUAUUACCGAGCUGGGUUUGAUUUGAAUCACUUCUCCUCUUAUUACUUCUCUUUAUAUUCUGCCUCACCUGCCUCUAUUCUACGCUCAACAUUCCAACAAACUCACUCCUGUCUCUCCUCUCACCAUCAACCAAUAUACUUUUAUUUAUCACACUACUCCACCGACCGGUCAAAGACGGAUCCUCUCGCGUUCCUUGUCCCACAUUCGCGGCUCUGACGGCGCUGAUACUUGAUACCGGGGCUUGGCCGUGGCUUGGCCUGGGCAGUCGUCAGAGAACGAAUCUGGAGUACGAGCUGAGCAAUCACUGAAGAGCAAUAGGGCGAAAAGAAAAGAAAAGGGGAAAGGGGGAAAAGGAGAAAAGGAAGAAAAUACAGCGGGAAUGGUCACGGCGUAUAUCGAAUGAAGCAGCUAAUCUAAGCCGACACGACGACAUAUAACACCGCCAACAAAAAAAGGGGGUCGAGAACGGGUUUCAUUCAUGCUACGAACCCAACCAUUUUCUACUUGAGGGCUGAGCUGAGCUGAGUUGAGCUGAAUCUUUUGGAAACGAGCAAACCAAACCGCACAUACCUGAAACGAUAAGCGGCGAUAAUAAGCUCCAACCCUCAAGUCAUUUCGAGCUGAAGCGGGCGACAACACUCUUAAAAUAAUCCUUACAACAUCAACAGAUUAACUUGAGAGAUAUCAAAGUUGAAAUACUUGUACUACGGUACCUAGGGCAAAUCUGUUCCUGGUUUCACUACGUCACUUUUGGCUGUUCGUUCCCCGCCCUACCAAGCAUCCCCACCAAUCCCAAGACGGUCUGCACCCCCCCAAAGCUACGAGCGGAAUCAACCUUGGCCCUCACCCCUGGAACACCGUGAACACCUAUUGCAGGACACUUUGUGGGUGUCAUCGCCUGGAAAUCCGCCUGAGCUGAGCGCCUGAGACGCCUGGACGCACCCGAGCCGACCACAUCACACCCUUCCAGUCCAGGACCUACCCGACUGUACAGCUCCAGCACCCCCGCUGUCGAUCGAUCUAUCACCCUCCAUAACUUUUGAGACUCCAGUGCUGUCUGUGUGUGACAGGGAGCUCCAGCUGUUGGAGCCCCAGUCCCGCCGAGCCAAGGCCUUCUCUUCGUCAUGGUGCGCAUCAUCCCAACACGGCUCAAAUCGACCUCUCGAUCCUCCUCUUCUUCCUCCACAACCAUACACUCCGUCAGCAACACCAACGGAAGAACCAAAAACAACCGCAGCAACAGUCCUCCCAUGCGCUCGAAAAAUGAUAGCACGAGCCCUUCGAGGGACGCUGGAAAUGGUCUGGCCCUCAGAGUUUAUAUUAUAAAGGGAAAAGACCUUGCAGCCAAAGAUCGAAGCGGCACAUCCGAUCCUUACCUCGUUCUUUCUAGCGGCGACUCUCGAAUCGUAACCAACGAUGUCCCAAAGACUCUUAACCCAGAGUGGAACGCCACCGAGGAAAUUCCCCUCACAUCUGUCCAGAACUUGGUCCUGGAUGUCAUCUGCUGGGACAAGGACCGCUUUGGAAAAGAUUACAUGGGCGAGUUCGAUCUCGCUCUCGAAGAGAUCUUCAACAACGACAAGGUGGAACAGGAACCUACCUGGUACCGUCUCAAGAGCAAGCGUCCUGGCAAGAAGACGAGUGUUGUCUCUGGCGAAAUCCAGUUACAGUUUUCCCUCUUCGACUCGACGAACCCGUCAGCGACACCACAGCAAAUCCUCGAAAAGUUCCAAGCCCUUGUAGGAACUGCUCCCGCUGGCUCUCGAAACGUAACACCCUCGAUGACACCGAACUUGGCCCCCACAGGCUCCCAGUCCGCCCCCAACCCUCAGGACAGUCCUAGUGAUGAUGAUGAUGACGAUUUCGACGAAGACGACUCCGACGAGGGUGACGAGGAUGAAGGUGAACAAGAUGCUACGAAGCGCAAGCGCCGACUUCGAAUUCGAGGACUGAAGAAGAGGAGACGCAAUAACCCUUAUGCCUUUGCCAGCAGUGGCUCUGACGUUGUUGGAAUCAUCUAUCUUGAGGUCAUCAAGAUCACAGACCUGCCUCCCGAAUCGAACCUUACUCGCACAAGCUUCGACAUGGACCCGUUCGUUGUGGCAUCCCUCGGCAAGAAAACAUACCGCACUCGACGCAUUCGUCAUGACCUCAACCCCGUUUAUAACGAGAAGAUGCUGUUCCAUAUCCAAAGUCACGAGCAGCAAUACUCCUUCGCUUUUACUGUCAUCGACCACGAUAAAUACUCCGGUAACGAUUUCAUUGCCUCGUGCGAUCUUCCAAUCCACCAAUUGAUCGAGAGAGCCCCCAAAGCAAACCCCGAAACCGGACUCUAUGAUCUCCAAGUCCCUGCACAGGCCGAGCAGCUUCCUUCGCGAUCGCGGUUCAAGAAGCUCGCCAUGUCACGAUCCAACUCUUCCUCCAGUAUCAGCAAGAUGAUUCGUCCCCCACUGAGCAAGCACGCCUCCAACACGAGCAUGGUAUCAGCGACUCCUGCUCCUGCGCCCACCUCAGCACCCGAUCCUAACAAGCUGGCACCCGCGGAUGUCCUCGCCAAUACUGGUUCUGAUCCUGACUCAGCCAACCAGGACAGCGGAGAUGCCGACUUUUAUGAGUAUAACGUUCCUCUGAAGAUGAAGAACACCGAAAAGUGGGAGAAGAAGCACAACCCCGUUCUAUACCUCCGCGCGAAGUACAUGCCAUAUGAUGCCCUCCGACAGCAGUUCUGGCGAGCCAUGCUUCGGCAAUAUGAUGCCGAUGAGAGUGGUCGCAUCAGCAGAAUCGAGCUCACAACGAUGCUUGAGUCUCUGGGCUCUACGCUUACCGAGAAUACCAUCGACGGCUUUUUCAAGCGAUUCCCCCACCGUGAUGCUGAUAACGACGAGAACUGGGAGCUCACGAUGGACGAGUGCGUUAUCUGCUUGGAGGACCAGUUGGAAGGACGAAGGCGAUCCUCAGGCACAGCUGCAGAUAAACUAAAGGGUUUGGUGCCCGAGAUGAAGAACCUCCUCCACGUGCCAGGUCAUGGACACAACAACAACGGUGGCUCAGAGACCCCCAGCGUUCUAGAACUCGACUCGACGUCGGGAACUCAGACUCCCAUCUCAAAUGUCCCCACUUUGAAGACACCUGCAGAUGAGGAGGGUGACCCCCUCGAUAAGUCUGACAGCAGUGACGACCGUUCUGAAGAGCAUGUCGUAGAGAUCCGAGAAUGUCCUAUCUGUCACCAGCCGCGACUCAACAAGCGUAAGGAUGCUGACAUCAUCACCCACAUUGCGACAUGCGCAAGCCAAGACUGGAGGCAAGUCAAUAGCGUGCUAGUGGGCGGAUUUGUCACAGCCAGUCAGGCGCAGCGCAAGUGGUACUCGAAGGUCAUUACCAAGAUCUCUUACGGCGGUUACAAGCUGGGUGCCAACUCGGCCAAUAUCCUUGUGCAAGAUCGUCUCACGGGGCAGAUCAACGAGGAGAAGAUGAGUGUUUAUGUAAGACUCGGCAUUCGUCUGCUGUACAAGGGACUCAAAUCUCGAGAUAUGGAGAACAAGCGAAUCCGAAAACUGCUCAAAAAUCUGAGUAUCAAGCAGGGUAAGAAGUUUGACGAUCCUGCAUCCAAGGAUGAAAUUGAAAAGUUCAUUGCUUUCCAUGGUCUCGACAUGUCGGAAGUCCUGUUGCCGUUGGAGGAGUUCAACAACUUCAAUGAGUUCUUCUACCGCGCCCUGAAGCCUGGUGCUCGACCCUGCUCUGCGCCCGACAACCCUCACAUUAUCGUCUCACCAGCCGAUUGUCGAAGCGUCGUCUUCAACUCUAUCACUGUCGCUACCAAGAUUUGGGUCAAGGGUCGUGAGUUUAACAUGAAGAGGCUUCUCGGCGACGCCUACCCUGAGGAUGUGUCCCGGUUUGAGGGCGGAGCUCUGGGCAUCUUCCGACUGGCUCCUCAGGAUUAUCAUCGCUUCCACAUCCCUGUGGACGGUGUCAUGGGCAAGCCCAAGACGAUUGAGGGUGAAUACUAUACAGUGAACCCCAUGGCUAUCCGAUCGGCUCUGGACGUUUACGGAGAGAACGUGAGAGUUCUCGUGCCAAUUGACAGUGAACAACACGGACGCGUCAUGGUUAUUUGCGUCGGUGCAAUGAUGGUAGGCAGCACUGUCAUUACCCGCCAGGAGGGUGAGAGAGUCCACCGAGCAGAAGAGCUUGGAUACUUCAAGUUUGGUGGCAGCACCAUCCUGCUGCUUUUUGAACCUGGACGAAUGGUGUUCGACGAUGAUCUUGUCGACAAUAGCAAGGAUGCACUUGAAACUCUGGUCCGAGUUGGCAUGUCUGUUGGCCACACGCCUAGUGAGCAACAGUGGACUCCUGAUAUGCGAAAGAAGGCAGAGAACAUCACGGAAGCGGACAAGAGAGCUGCCAAGAGACGAAUCCAGGGCAACGUAGCCUUGCAGGAGUCUCCAGAUGGUAGUGGAGAGGAAGAGCAGCCAUCAAGAUUAACAUCCAAGCCCACCAUCGAUACAAUGGCUGCGUCGGCGAUGUAGAGACGUCGGCAUGGCACGCGGAAGCGAUGUAAGCGGAGAUGCCGCCGAUGGACGCGGAGACGACAGGGCAUAUAUUCAACAUUAAGCAGGGCAUGUAGAAGCUGGAUAGGUAGCCUCCGGAGACGUAGAUAUGACCAUUGAGCUGGUUAUCGAGGGAUUUGUAUGAGGACAGAGGAAUACAUGUUCGGUCCGUGGUCAUUGGACAAGGAGAAACAGGAUAGGAUAUAACUUGGUGCAUGAGCAACGAAACGACGUAAACGAAAAAGCGAAGCGAAGUGGAUACAAACGGACAGUAGCACAGACACUUUUCUGUUUAUAUUAGUGCAUAUAUGCUUAACUAUUUAGUGAUACAUCAGAAUGCUUGGUAUUGGUGUCACAUGGAGCCCUAUCAUACAGGACCAACUUGCAUACGUCAGUCGUCAGCCAUCCUCCUCAUAGACCCAUGAUGAAGCAGG